UCAUCCUCAUAGCUAUACGCGACUACUGCUCCUGUUUUGGCUGCGGAUUUUUCAUGCGUUGAACUGCUUUACUUCACGUGGCUACAUUCAGGCUUCGUUCUAUGUCCGAUUCAAUCUGACGUUAUGCUACACGUUGCAACUUCUUGAGACUGGAAGUUGAACUUUCGGAACAUCACGACUAUCACUCUUUGUAGCUACACGACACCACAAUUUUUCCAGGGCUUGGGGAAAAGCAUACACGAUGCGAGCUUCAGCCUCUAUACUGAGCGCGAAAGCUUUCUUAGUGCUCAGCGCCUUCAGUCACAUUGGCGCGCACGCUGGUCGUCCAGGUGUCAGUGUCGCUCUUCUAGCUUCCUUCAAUCCUGCGCCAUAUCUGGUAGAGUUAUUAGAAACCGCUGCAGAAGAAAACGCGACAGCAUACUACCCCAUCCUCGACCGCGUAUCCGAGGGGUACUUCGACGAAAAGACCACCGAGCAGGCGCUGUACACAGCCUUUGUAGACCUAUUGCAAAGCGAUGGACACAUCACUCAGCCUGAAGCCCUCGCUUCCUUCGACCUCGCCCUCUCCAUCCGGUCGGCUGCGCCACGGAUAGAAGCACAUUACCAAUUCUACAAUACAUCGGUGGAGCCCUCGUUGAAAGCGGAGCAGAACGAGAAAUGCGAGAUUUGGGCAUCGUUUCAUGGGAAGCAGUACUGCUCCGUACAUCUGGACGAGCCGUUUGGAGACAUUGAGAGUGAACGGACAUAUCAAUUACCCUUCGACCGCAUACUUGGCAACAGUUCGGCUCUGCCUGCGAUCCUCUACGCCGACAUCACCGCUCCGCGAUUCAAGAAAUGGCACAAGACAUUGAGUGAUACGGCCAAGCAAGGAAAAACUUCAUACCGUGUCCGGCACAAGCCUUCUCUGAAGGCGCCAACAACGCCGCUGGUGGUGAACGGAUACGGUGUCGAGCUGCAACUGAAGCGAACCGACUACAUUGUCAUAGACGACAGGCAGGCCGAGCAGGGAGACAAGAGUGCUUCCCAGAAGCUAAUGGGCACUGGCCUCGAUGACGAUGAAGACGUCGCAGACCUCAAGCCCUUAUCCAAGGACGAGGUAUCUGAUCUAGGGCUGAAGGCUGCCAGUUUUGUAACCCAAAGCGAACAGCCCAUGGAUACCCUCAUGAAGCUCGUGCAAGACUUCCCGAAGUACUCGUCCAUCAUCGCAGCUCAUAACGCGUCCGACGAUUUCCUGGACGAACAUCUGAAGAAUCGCGAGCAACUCCUUCCUACCGGGUACAAUGUCAUCUGGAUCAACGGUGUGCAGGUCCCAGCACGCGACGUGAACCCGUUCUCGCUCUUGGCGCACUUGCGACAUGAACGUAAAUUGAUCAAUGGGAUACGCAGUCAGGGUCUGAGCGGUUCUGAGGUCAUCUCGCUAUUGUCACAUAAUUCUAUCGCUCAGACUCAGACGGAUGCUGAACCUCAACGUUACGACUUCAGAGAUGCUACCGAAGGAGGUAAUGUCAUCUUGUGGCUGAACGACAUCGAAAACGAUCCAAUGUACGAAGGGUGGCCAAGUGAACUCAGGGCGUUGCUACAAAGAACAUACCCUGGUCAGCUGCCAUCUUGCCGCAGGGACAUUCACAACGCCAUCGUCGCCGUCGACUUAACUUCAUCCGAGGAUGUCACGACCAUGCUUGAGACUAUCCUCAGUCUUAUCAGGCGCGGCAUUCCCCUGCGCUGGGGUAUCGUUCCUCAGACCGCUACAUCUGGUGCUCUUGACCAGGCCAAAGUAAUUUAUCAUUUGCACGACGCGUAUGGACUACCUGCUGUGAUUGAAUACCUUCAAGUAUUGGCAGAUGGCAAGAAGCUGGCGCACGCAGACCAAGCCACUUUCGACGCGACAGUCAAGAAAACCGCGCUCCUCGAAGGAAAGGAGCCGCUGGCGUUCGAUGAUGUACUGAAGUCAGAAACUUUAGACCAGCGCAUUACAGGCGCCAAGCAGUAUCUAAAGCGCCUAGCAGCAGAAGGGCCAAAAGCCCCAGUCUUUGUUAACGGUGUCCCUAUCCCAGCAACCGAGGAAUGGCUUGGAACACUAAGCCAAAGAGUCGGUAUGGAUCUUCGUCAGAUCCAGCAAGCAGUCUUCAAUGGCAACUUCAACAGCGAUAGUUGGGUCCCGCAACAUUUCUUGGCCUCAGCUGCUGCUAAGCGCAAUCCUCUAAUCAUCCCGGAGAACGAGAAGAACAUCACGCUCAUUAACAUGGCUGAGUUUGAAGAGACCCAUGGUGAGCACUAUAAUAAGAUGCCGCGGAUCCAGGCAUCAGAGUCUGCUAGUAAGAGUGACUGGAUUCACGUCACGCUCGUGGCAGAUUUCGAUUCGGAGGCUGGCUUUGCGCUUCUCAAAGCGCUGGCGGAUUUCCGCGAGGCGAAUCCGAACAUCGAGGCUGUCCUCAUACACAACCCGAAAGCCGGCGCGGAACAAUCCAACGCCUCCGAAGACCUUCUAGAGACUUAUAUCAAGUCUGGCCAUAGGCUUACAAGCGAAGCUCUUUCCGAGCUAUUGAACCGGGAUGCCAACUAUGGACCGAUACCCGCCAAUUCCACCUCAUUCUGGAAGGUCGCCGAACCAAUCUACGACGCGUUUGGCCUGAAGCCGGGACAGAACGGUAUGCUUGUGAACGGACGCUAUGUCGGCCCCAUCCCAGAAGACUAUGGAUUUUCACAGGAUGACGUGGAAACUUUUGUCACUUAUGAGCAGGUUAAACGCGUUGAGCCGUUGAACAAAGCUCUCGCAGAUCUUGAACUCAUGGAAAAGAUUAACGCUCCCCUAGACGUUGCGAAGAUCCAGUCAUUGGUCGCACUCUCCACUGUUUCGGACGUUCCAGAAGGCAUCUUCGAGACUGCAUCGACCCUGAGGAUGAGUACAUACAACAACUGGACUGCCAAGCAUACCGCUAUCAUCCGGGGUGAUGAAGACAAAGCUGUCUUUCAGAUCGUGGCUUCAAUUGAUCCUGCUACAGAGCUGGCACAGAAGUGGGUACCUAUUCUGAAAGUGCUCAGCGAUAUGAACGGCGUACAUCUUAAGCUUUUCCUGAACCCUAAGCAGAUGCUUCAAGAACUUCCCGUGAAACGUUUCUACAGAUACGUUCUCGAAGCUCGACCAUCAUUCACCCCCGAUGGAACUAUCGGAAGUUUCGGAACCCAUUUUGAUGGCAUUCCCAAAGAGGCUUUGCUCAACCUUGGCAUGGAUGUGCCGCCCUCUUGGCUAGUUGCUCCGAAAGAGUCUGUAUAUGAUCUCGACAACAUCAAGCUUAGCACCAUACCUGCUGGUACUGAUGUUACCGCUAUCUAUGAAUUGGAGAACAUCCUUAUCGAAGGCCACUCUCGUGACACUGCGAAUGGUGGUCAGCCGCCACGUGGUGCUGAAGUUGUCCUUGCCACUGAGCGGGACCCUCAUUUCGCGGAUACCAUCAUCAUGGCCAAUCUCGGCUACUUCCAGUUCAAGGCCACUCCCGGCUUCUACAACAUUCAGCUGAAGAGCGGUCGCUCUCAGGAAGUUUUCAAACUUGAUAGUGCAGGUCCUAUUAGCUGGGCACCCGUGCCUGGUGACGAGACUACCGAGAUCGCUCUCAUGAGCUUCCAAGGAGCUACAAUCUUCCCUCGACUAUCGCGCAAGCCAGGUCACGAGGAGACCGAUGUACUCGCUCCUGAAGAAUCGCUCGCCUCUGAGCUAGUUGGCAAGAGCGCACAGAAGGUCAACAAGUUCCUCGGCAAGAUUGGUCUCAACUUUGACUCCGAGAAGGUCCUGCAAAAGGGCGCUGACCUGUUCUCUGGAAGCAAAGCAGCAAAGAAGGGCACGCAAGCAGACAUCAACAUCUUCUCUGUCGCUUCAGGCCACUUGUACGAGCGUAUGCUGAACAUUAUGAUGGUGUCUGUCAUGAAGCACACAAAACACACCGUCAAGUUCUGGUUCAUCGAGCAGUUCCUGUCUCCCAGCUUCAAAUCCUUCCUUCCACACAUCGCUGCUGAGUACGGAUUCGAAUACGAGAUGGUCACUUAUAAAUGGCCCCACUGGCUGCGUGGACAAACCGAAAAGCAACGCGAGAUCUGGGGGUACAAGAUCCUCUUCCUGGACGUCCUAUUCCCCCUAGAUCUCGAGAAAGUCAUCUUCGUCGACGCCGACCAAAUCGUGCGAACUGACAUGUACGAACUCGUCCAGCACGAUCUCGAAGGCGCCCCAUACGGUUUCACACCCAUGGGCGACUCACGCACAGAAAUGGAAGGUUUCCGUUUCUGGAAAACAGGUUACUGGUCCAACUUCCUCCGCGGCCGCCCCUACCACAUUUCCGCACUUUACGUCGUAGACCUGAACCGCUUCCGCCAACUCGCCGCGGGUGACAGAUUGCGCCAGCAAUAUCACGCCCUCUCCGCCGACCCCAACUCGCUCUCCAAUCUCGACCAAGACCUACCAAAUAACAUGCAGUUCAACCUUCCCAUCCACAGUUUACCACAGGAGUGGCUUUGGUGCGAGACCUGGUGCAGCGAUGAGGAUCUUGCAAAGGCGAAGACGAUCGAUCUGUGUAAUAAUCCGCAGACUAAGGAACCUAAGUUGGAUCGUGCGAGGAGGCAAGUGCCGGAGUGGAAUGUGUAUGAUGAGGAGAUUGCGGCGUUGGCCAGGCGCGUCAAGGGAGAGGAAGAGAAGGCGGGUGUGGUGGAUGUGCAGGAGCAAGAACAGUUGAGGGAGAAGAAGGAGAAGGAUGCUGAGAGGGAGGGGCAUAGUGAGUUGUGAGCGGGAGAUGGGGGAUAGACGAUAGAUGUCGUGCGGGAGUGAGCGCCCUACGUUCACUUCACCAGCAACAAAAAAGCUUUCUUCCAAAACAUAC